AUGACGGAUGGGCAGAGCGGUGAUUUGGGGAUGGCAGAUGGGCGGAGCAACGAUUUGGGGACGACGGACGGGUGGAGGCGAUUUGGGGACGGUGAUAACUUAGGGACGAGAGCGAGAGUCGAAACGAGAGGAUACAAAAGACGGGCAGAUUUGGGGACAGCGAUUUGGUUGCCUCUGGUAGAUAGGACAAGAUUUAGCCCCUUGUCUGGCGGAUAUCCAGCGUUUGUUUACACUGAUUACGGCCCGGCAGAUUGGAUGAGGCCCGCGAUGAAUAGUGCACUAAUCCAGUGUCCUCAGUCAACGGGUAAAUUACUACACCAUACCACUUCCAUCUUCCACCACAAGAACAGACAAAAGAAAUGGACCACAAUAAUUGACCUGUUUACGGAAGUUCCCCUCCGUCCCUCGAGGCUCGUAUCUGCGUUCCCAGCCGCGGCCAAAUACUUAGAUCUGACCAUCUCAAGGCGGAUCAGGGGGCUGAAGAACAUGGGUACGUCCAUAUCAAGGCGUCUUUCUAAGAUAAAGUUUGUACUCUAA